CCGCUGGAGUAUGCAAAAGAGCGACCAAGCCUACAGGGAUUAUGCAGUCAGCGCCGCUGCGUGUGGGGACGUUGUAGUAUAAAUCGCUCCUCACCACCCCUUCCUCCCUUCCUUCCCACAACCCCGAUUCCCAAGAAAAUCCACCACCACAACCUCCUCCACCCUCAACCUUCACCAUGCCCGUACCCCGCGACACCCCCAAGGCAAUCCCCAUUUGGAUCCUCUUCUCAACCAUAGUAGUGAUCUACGUAACCCCCCCUCUCCCCACUUCCCCCUUUUUCUGCACCUUACUAACACCCUCUCGCCCCUCAGGAUGCAAUGUACAUCCUCCUCCGUCCAUACACCUUUCCCCCCAACCCCCUCUCCUACCUCUGGCCUGGCCACACCUUCUACGCCACGAUAGACCAUGUUUACGGCCCCAGCGCCUUCGCCGAGAAUGACGGCUUUCCGGCCGCGCAGAGUUUGAUGAACCUUGUCGAGUCAGUUGUUAAUAUCACGUACCUUGCCAAGUAUUAUUCCACUCGCGCUGGCGGCACCGGAGGAGGCGGAAUGCUGGUGGUGGGGUUUGCGGGGGUGGUCAUGACGUUGGCGAAGACGGUGUUGUAUGUCCUCAAUGAGGUUUGUGCGGGGGGGAGGCAUGUUGCGCAGUAAGUUGCUCCCUCUGUGAAGGAUGGGGGAGGGGCUAAUGUUGAGAGGGGGAUAGUAAUGACUUUAAGUCUCUUUUUCUAUUUUAUAUCUUGCCUAAUGGUCUUUGGGUCGCGUUUCCGGCUUGGUGCACGUGUUGGUUUUCCAGGGAGAUUACGAAGCGUAUUGAAGCUGGGGGUUCGGGUAAGGUUAAGAAGAGGGCUUGAGGUGAUUCAGGCGAAGUAGGGGAGCGAGUGUUACUGAUUGGUUCAUGUGAUAUCUCUGGAACUUUUUUCUUUUCUCUUUUACUUCGUGAAUCAAGGUGACCUAACUUCUGCAUCGAUUUGGCUGAUUUCAGCGAGGGGGGCAUGAUUUUACUACCGGUAUACCUGAAUACUGCUGGGCAGAUUUAGUGAGCUCUUAUAUGUUAAACAAAUUUAUGAGUAGUUUCCGG